UCUUGCGCAUGCGUGUUAGAACCGAAGUGCAUGGAUGUCGGUUUCGGAUCGGUUGGCGAUGUGAAAAUGUCUUCGCAAAGGUUGAUCGAACCUUCCAUUUGCACGUGAUUUAGGAUCGCAACGGGCUAAAUUGUGCCACACUGUAAUGUGCAUGGCCCAAAAAGGCAAGCAAAAUCUCCACAUGCACGUCUUGUAGCUCUCCGGGCAGUCGCCGAAUCACAAACAGCUUGAAAGAUGAGCGGCGGCCCGACGCCCUCGACACUGGGGCCCAGUAGCACAGUGUUGGCCACCAGUGUCGUCCCGCCAAUUGAGCAAGCUGUCGGCAACAUAACGAGCAAUGCUACACAACUGUUGGAGCAGCUACCACCCACCUUUCUGCAGACGACGGGGGCCCAGGCCAUCUCGGGGGCCUUUGUGUGGGCAGCACUCAUAAUCACGUGCCAUCAGAUCUACCAGCACUUGCGGUACUACACUCUUCCAACGGAACAACGGUGGAUCGUACGGAUUCUCUUUAUCGUUCCCAUUUACGCGUUUGACUCGUGGCUGUCGCUGCUGUUCUUCCGCGAAAACUACUACAUCUACUUCAACAGCGUACGAGAUUGGUACGAGGCUUUUGUCAUCUACAACUUCCUGAGUCUCUGUUACGAGUAUCUGGGAGGGGAAAGCAACAUAAUGUCCGAGAUCCGAGGGAAGCCAAUCCAGCAAAGCUUUUGGUACGGCACUUGCUGCCUUUCAGGAAGGACCUACACGAUUGGUUUCCUCCGGUUUUGCAAGCAGGCAACACUGCAGUUUUGUGCAGUGAAACCGCUGAUGUCGGUGAUCACACUUAUUCUGCAACCAUUUGGAAAGUACUCAGAUGGAGACUGGAGGCCAGACAGCGGUUAUUUGUACAUCACCAUCAUCUACAACAUCAGCAUCACCCUUGCUCUGUACGGGCUGGUGCUCUUCUACUUUGCCACCAAGGACCUGCUGGCACCUUUUGACCCCGUCUGGAAGUUCUGCACCGUAAAAUCGGUCAUCUUCCUUUCCUUUUGGCAAGGAGUCCUGCUCGCAGUGUUGGAGAAAGCGGGGGUCAUCUCCGCCAUCACUUCGGGGGCGGACAUCCCGGCAGUGGCCAGUGCCGGCACUGUGUCGGCGGCCUACCAGAACUUUCUCAUCUGCGUAGAGAUGUUCUUUGCGGCGCUCGCCCUCAAGUACGCGUUCCCGUACAGGGUUUACCUGCAGGGGUGCCGUGCCGAUGCGCAGGGGCGUUCCGUCACAAUGCAGAGCAUCUCCUCCUCACUCAAGGAGACCAUGAAUCCGAAGGACAUCAUGAACGACGCCAUCCACAACUUCCAUCCUCAGUACCAACAGUACACCCAGUACGCGGCUCCGCCCCAGCACCCGCGGCUGUCCCACCGUGAGGACUCCCUGGGUUCCGGGCGGGACGUGCACGGGAACAACUCCUCUCGACCCACGAGGACCCACCGCAAUCCAGCCUACACCGAGAAGACCACCCUCCUUAGCUCCGACGACGAGUUCCAAAUGGGCCAAGCCAAUCCCGACGUGUGCCGGUUUUAGCGGGAAACCUCUUCGCAUGUUCGGUUGUGCAUUGGAAGCAUGUUGCAUGUGAAUAGCGGGGACCAGUGGGACAGGUUUUCAAAUAACCCUUCUCAGAUCAGACUCUCAGCAGCAGCUCAUUGGUUGUGUUGCAUGGAUGACAGGCUCUUAACAAGCUUACCUGUAUUUUUUUUUAGUGGAAAUUGAAUAACACUGCAUGCAUUUCUUUGUCGUCUGCUUGCGUGGGUGUGUUUAAGAAUAAAGGCCAUAUGUGGCAAGACACGUCCGACGGUACAGAUGAGACGUAUCGGAUACGAUUUCCCUUGUCCGAUUUUUUUCGUUCAGAUGCAUAGCGCCGGCUCAUCAACGUGUGUAUGAUGUAUCGGUGCCGUAUUUGAAAACCACCGGGAGGUCUCGAAAUAGGUAAAUUGCGAAGCACUGAAUUCUUUCAACGAGAAACGUAGCAAAAAUUAUUGGUCACUGCGUAUUAAGGUUUUCCUGUUUGUCGCGCAAGACUUGCAAGAUACAUGUACACUUACCGGGGAGGGCAGUACUGAACCAUUGUCGUCAACGGAACCAGUCCCAGGUUGGACACUCUGUUUUGUAAAAUGAUCUAUUCGAUCUUAACUGCUCCGCCAGUUCAAGAUGAAUACGUACGUUAGAAAGUCUGAUGUCCAAAGGUGUUUCGUCGUACAUGUGUAUAGGCAUUGGUCGCAGCAGCGCAGCAGGAAGUGUUUCUGCUAGGAGAUUUGAGUUAUACUGUGAAGAUUUCUGAGCCCUUCUUUUUUCUGAUUUAGGAACUUAAGUAAAGAAUGAAUGCCCCUAAAGCCCCUUCCUGCGUAUACCAUGUGUGGGAGUUCCCCUUACGAAGAUCGACAGAGCUGUCUUGAAAACUGGGGCCCUUUAGGAUUGAAAUCUUAUGUAAGAGUGAGAUUUUUGAGAUAAUCUUUGGGGUUACGCUGCUUUACUUAACAUGAGGAUCAAACUCGGGUCACACAGUUUUUAAUUUACAUUUUCUGUAUCAAAUCACCAAUGAAUCGUACACUGCGUAUCGCGUGAUGAAGGGUCGGAGCUAACUAGGGUGCAACGUGGAUGUACAGGUAGAUACGAACGUGGACGUGAAUCCGUUGAAGCUGUUUUUGUGUGUGCGGUGCAGCAUUUUCGUCACUGAGGUCUCGUAAAGCAUAACUGAGAUGCUCGUAAGCAGUUAAAUUACCGUUAAAUUUUCGUAACAAAGCCAGGAAGCAUUUUUUUUUUUAAAUGAUGCAAUGUCAUUCUUGCGCGUGUUAAACAUCUACAGAUUCUCGUCGAAGCGGAAAAAAUAUUGGGAGGUCACGAUUCACGUGCGUACGGUAGCCGUACGGUACCGUACCGUACCGGUACUGACGGUACAGUAAUAACGCCGUUGCCAAAAUCUCGUGUCAUCCUCACUUCUGUAACGUUUUCGGCCACGGUUCCUUUCGUUCCGACAUCUAGCUUCUUAAGUAACACGAGCGAAUAUUUAUGUAAUCUAGAUGUUGUGUGUGUGUGCUGUACAUAAUAUACACGUUCUGUAACACAAAGAUUGCGUACUCUACCAGUACUAUGUGCAAACGAAUGUCCUUGCAUAUUUUGCAUAAUCGUGCGGCUGCAGUGCUUUGUUGCAGCAAGGCAGCAAGCGGUUCGUGGUCACCGGGAAAUAUGUGCAGCUAUAUAUAUAUAUUUUGUUUUUCGCGAGCAAAAAGUUGAGUGUACUCUGCAGCGAGGUGUACAGUCACUAUCUAGUGGAAAGCAGACGCGAGGCUUUUAAGUCGCAAGCUUUUGUGAAACAGUGAACAGUAGGGCAUACGAAAGGCGCUGUAGAUCACACAUCUUCUAAUCCCAAGUGUUUGUACAUCCAGUUUGUGAUUGUUACAUCUUUGAACACAUUUACAUGGGGAAAAUAUAUAUAUAUAUAUAUACAGAAAUAUAUAUCUAAGCCUUGUUAGAGAAGCUGUACAUAUUGUGUAAAUCAGAGCACUAUUUAUUCUAUAUUUGUGUGUAAGAUUGCACCUGAGCUUGAGUGUGUGUUUUUUUUUUUCCUUCCUUUCGUGGUAACGUCUACCUAGGUUUUUGACGGCAUUGGAUGAUGCAGUAUGUUUCCUUCCUUUUUAUAGUUGUUCUCCUUUGUAUGUUUUGAGGUUUCUGUACAGAGUGGGAGAAUAGAAUUGUACAAUACGUGAGUAAUUUAUGCUGCUUACAACUGCUGUAAAUUAUAUCCAAAUAAACGUGUGUCUCACGCAGCAUGCA